AGGUGCCAUGAAGGCGUUGACCACUUCUACCAAGUCUGAGAACUCUAAAUUAAGUGUAUUUGGCACAAACAAAGUGAUUCUGGAACCACCAUCGUUUAUAAAGGGCACAUUGGAGAAAAUUGUCGAGAUUAUUCUCAGGAACCGAAAGGAGUUUGAAGAAAAGCUCAUUGCGCAAGAAAGGAUGACAGGGAGGUUUCCAUUUCUUCUGCCCAAUAAUCCAUACCAUUCUUACUAUCUCAAGAGUCUCCAAGAAACCCAAGAGGGCAUGGAAGCGGUGGGCGUGGGCAUGAGCCUGGUGCCGCUCAGAGUGCAAGAGUUCCAGGAGGACUUGCUUUGGGCUCGCGGCCGCAUGCACAGGCUGCGGGAGGUGCGGCAUGCCCCAUACAGAGCGUUGCGAAGGAGGAGCACGACCUCGAGCCCGCCGCACGAGAUGACGAUUACAUCAACCUGAGGAUCUACAUGUGUGAGGAGCCCUGUGCCACGACACCACACCACAUCUACGACAUGGAAGACCAUAAUAUUGGCUGACCUCACCGCUUUUAGGGACGAAAGCCGCUGGCCGAGAUGGUUCUUCAGUGUUAAUAUUGGUCGAUUGAUUUGGCCACGGUCUGUCAAAUUGGCGGUUACUAAUUAACCUAAGCAAAAGGGAACAUCUAGGGAUGUGACUGACUAUACUAGGAUCCCACGUGAUAUAUUUUUUAUCUAUAGAUCGAUUUCACUAAUUAAUGAUAGAAAGAGGGCUCAUUCA